AUGGACAAGCUGAAGCGGGUGCUGAGCGGCCGCGACGCGGAGGAGCCGAGCGGCCUGGCCGAGGUUAUCGAUGCGACUUCCUUAGGUUGGGGCACGCGAGUGAAAGGUUUCAUUGCGUGUUUUGCGAUCGGAUGCCUGUGUUCGAUCUUGGGUAGUUGUCUGCUAUGGAUACCAAAGAAAGGGCUGGUACUCUUUGCUGUGUUUUAUACCCUGGGGAAUAUUGCAUCCAUUGGGAGCACUAUGUUUCUUAUGGGACCAGUGAAACAAUUGAAGCGGAUGUUUGAGCCUACACGUUUGAUCGCUACUAUUGUUAUGCUAUUGUGUCUCAUACUAACACUGUGUUCUGCUUUCUGGUGGCGUAAGGCAGGACUCGCGCUGCUUUUCUGCAUCUUACAGUUUUUUGCCAUGGCAUGGUACAGCAUUUCCUUCAUACCAUAUGCAAGGGAUGCUGUGAAGAAAUGUGUUUCAGUCUGUUUGUCCUAACAGGAAUACUGGAUGCCUCACAAAGUUCUAGGAGCUGUGUUGGAUCACUGUGCUGUGUAGUUUCCUACUUCUGUCUUGAACAUGUGCCUUUCAGCUGCUUCUUAGAAGCUCCUUAUGUUACACCCAGUGUCUGCACUUGCUUGGGUUUGUAGGCAAUGGUGUCUGUGGGACAGGGGCUUGUGAUCAAAUGAAAUUCAGUCUGGCAGAAGAACUGGGCAGAGGUCCACAAUUUGUUAUGGUGAUUCUUGCAUAAAUUCAUGCAUUUGGUUUUGCAAAAGUUUCAAAGUAAUGUGUGAAAUUUGUAAGUUAAGACCUUGGCUCUGCUGGGACUGUGCCAGUUCUAGAGUUGAAACAACUUGGGAUUUUUUAAAAUAGCCUUAUGUCACUUAAUCUUUGAACUUUUUGCCUUAGAUAAUGGAAUAUUCGUAUUCUUUCUCUUCCUGUCUCUCUUGAAAGAUUUUAGGUUUAUGAGACUUCUAAAAGAUGUAAUUCUAAAACCAAACACAGUUUUGGACUAACCAUGAAAUGUUUGCAUCUUUAAUGAAAUAUUUAAUUCUCAGUCCAUACUGAUAGUCUUUCCUUAAAAUACGUGAAAGGGACAAUUUCAUCUGAAAAAUCUUGUUCCUGUUGGAAAAGCACUCGUAAAAUAAGGUCCACUGAUGUUUUCAGCUACCAGAAACCUGAGUUCUUUUCCUUGCUCAUGGUUGCAAGGGAGGAAGCUGACAUUUUUCACAUGAAGUGAGGUGCUUCUCUUCUCCUCCAGCUGUAGCAUAAGAGCAAUGCAAAGGGCAUGGUAGGCAAGCAGUAAAAUAAUUUAUGUAUGUCCUUUCUCAAAGGACAAACUGUCAUAAGGUGGAAGUGGGCUAUUGUUUUUAAGCAGUCUGGGUCAGGGAGAAGACAUUCUCUUCUGAACUUGUAAAUAAGUUAAAACUCCAAAAUUUCUCUUUGUUUCUUUGUAAGUGGAAUCAGUUUUCUUUCUGCUAAAACUCUUGCAUACACCAGUGAACUUCUCUGCAUGGAGGAGAAAGCACAAUAUUCUGUUUCUGUGGUAGCAAGGAAAGCAUGAAACAAUCCCUCUGCCAGCUCCAAACAAGUGCUGAGUGGUCUGUAUCCAAAUUCCAAGGCCACUCUGUUCUCUUCAUCUUCUGAGCUAUGUGUAAUCAUUUACUCCUGCGGCAUUGCAGUGGUCAGUGUAAUAUCUGAGCACAGAUUCCUGCUUCUGCUGUGUGAGAUAAUGUUUUACUACUUUCCCCUUUCCUCUUACCAAAUUGUCUUGCUGAAGCCAGCGUUUAAGAUUAUGGUUUUCCAGUGCACUCUAGUGGGAACUGAAGCAUCUCUUCCUCAGUCUACUAAGCGUUUAGUUGUUUAAGAGCAUUGUGUUUGCAUGGCAGGUGUAUCCCUGACUUGUACCACAAAGACAUUAAUGCAGGAAAAAUCUGAACCUAUUUGGCUGUGAAGUAUAAGCUCACAGUGAAGGCAAAUAGUUCUAUGGUUUCCAGAAAG